AUGAACGCAACGCGCGCCGAAGCGGAGCGUCUCCUUGGGAUCGCCGAGAAGCUUCUCCAGAACCGCGAUUUAAUGGGUUCGCGCGAAUUUGCGAUCCUCGCGCAGGAAACUGAGCCUCUUCUCGAUGGUUCAGACCAGAUCCUCGCCAUCGUCGAUGUGCUCCUCGCCGCCGAUAAGCGCGUCAACAACCACCCGGACUGGUACGCCAUCCUUCAGGUUGAUCGGCGCUCCGAUGACCUCGACCUCAUAAAAAAGCAGUACCGCCGCCUCGCGCUCCUCCUCCACCCCGACAAGUCCCGCUUCGCCUACGCCGACCAUGCCUUCAAGCUCGUCGCCGAUGCCUGGGCGCUGCUCUCCGACCCUCUGAAGAAGUCUGUCUACGACAAAGACCUCUCGUUCUUCUCUCGCGUGGAUUUGUCCGUGCCGGGAUGGGUCCAGCAGGAAAAGCUUCCAGUUCGUAGGACUGGGCCCGGGCCCAACACCCGCAACAGCGCCUCGGCCCGCGGCGAGAUUCACGCUGAUGAAAACUCCCGCAGGAGAAACUCAACUUUCUGGACCGCGUGUCCCUAUUGUUACCGUCUGUAUGAAUACCCUAGGGUUUACGAGAAUUGUUGUCUACGGUGCCAGAAUUGCGAUAGAUCCUUCCACGGCGUGGCGGUUCCGUCGCUGCCACCGCUGGUCCCCGGCCAGGACGCAUAUUAUUGCUGCUGGGGGUUCUUCCCUAUGGGGUUUGUAACGGGCAGCUUCGGAUCACCGGAGAAGGAGGCGGAGGCGGUACCCGCACCGCCUCCUCCUCCUCCUCCUCCUCCUCCUCCUCCUCCUCCUCAACCGGCUUCUUCUUUGCCGAAUUGGAUGCCCGUGCCCGUGCCCGUGGCGGCGGAGAACGGUGCGCAUUCGACACCGGUGACGGCCAGGGUUACUCGGUCGGGGGCGGCUGCGGCAACAAUGGUUGCGAGGGGGACAAACGGGACUGUGCCGAAGAAGAGGGGGAGGCCGAGGAAGUAUCCUUUACAGUCGUGA